GUGCCUUCUCAAACACCUAAAUUUCUCCAUUCUUAUCUUUCUCUUUGUAUUUUAUGUGGUGGAGGAAGAAAAAGUGGCUUAAGUGUGUAGUGCAAUAUAAUGGGAAUGCCCUAGGCUAUUUUCUUUCUUUCAGUUGUUUUGAUUCAAAUUAGAUUAGAGCUAUUCUGCUGCCAAGGGAUUUAUUCUGUUUUACGCAGACAGAGUUCGAAGCCAGUUUACAGGUGAGUGAUUACAUUGUACAUACGAAAAAUAUGUUCCAAGGUCACAAUCUUUUUUGAUGGAGGUGCCACCAAUAUUUAAAAUAAAGCAGACAAUCAGUAAACUUUGACACAGGGAAUACGAAGAAUCGAUUUUAGGUUAGGGUUUGAGUGCCAAAUUCAGGGCGGCUGUCUUAGGCUGUGUAUGUAAGCAAUAAGAGAAGUGGAAUGACCUGAGUGGAGAUGGAUAUGGAAAUAGAAAGCUCAGGAAGAUCGGUAGAUCGAUCGAGGGAGCUUUCAAUAAAGAAGCCCCGCAUGACAGCCGUUGGGGAUGAUGCGGAUAAGGACAGAGACAGAGGGUUUCAGCGCUAUGCGGAGCGGGAGCGCUCACUGGAGAGGCCGCUUGCACAGAGGGGAAGCCCAAUGCUGGAGAGGAUGCGGGCCAUUGAAAGAGAAAGGGAAAGAGAAAGGGAUAAAGAGAGUGACAAGGGAGGCAGGAUUAUUGAGGAUGACAAGAACGUGGAGAGGGAACGAGAGGACACUACCACCACCACCACUAGUUCCAGAGGAGGCGGAAGUCAGCACGAACUGGUGAGCCAGUAUAAGACAGCCCUCGCCGAACUUACAUUUAACUCCAAGCCCAUCAUUACCAACUUGACAAUAAUUGCAGGAGAAAAUAGUCAUGCUGCAAAAGGCAUUGCUGCCACUGUUUGCUCUCACAUCCUCGAGGUUCCAAAUGAGCAGAAACUGCCAUCACUCUAUCUUUUAGAUAGUAUUGUAAAGAACAUUGGGGGUGACUAUGUCAAGUAUUUUGCAGCAAAAUUACCUGAGGUAUUUUGCACGGCAUACAGACAGGUUGAUCCAGUGACACAUCCAGGAAUGCAACAUUUAUUUCGAACAUGGAAAGGAGUGUUUCCACCAACACCACUCCAUGUCAUUGAGGAAGAGCUUCGGUUUCCUUCCAUGAAUGGUUCAUCUUCUGGCACUACAACCCCUAGAUCCUCUGAUACUCAAUCUCAACGUCCAGGGCACAGCAUCCAUGUAAAUCCAAAAUAUUUAGAACGGCUUCAGCAGUCAAACAAAGCAGAGCGAUUAAAUUCUGAGAACACUGGAGACGAACCCCUUCAUGAAUCAGAUAGAUCAGAUAGACUGGACAGAAAUAUGCGCACAAGCCCAAAAGGGUGGUCUGAAACUCCUGUUAAAAGACCUAAUAUACAACGUCCACCUAGAGGAGAUACUUUUGGUGAACCUAUAUAUGCUCAGAAACCAUCCACUGGCUUUGCUGAUUAUGAUUAUGGUAUGGAUCAUGUUCGUUCAUCUGAAUUGUUAAUGGGAAGGCCCAAUGAAAGGAUUACGGAGAGGAAUGAUGGACUGGAGAGGCCUUGGUAUGGGGAACGACUUGGUGAAAUCCAAAGUAGUAAUACUGGUGGAACAUAUAGUCAAAGAAAUGGAUAUGAUUGGCAGAAGAUGCCUGCACGUGGUCCUCUACUUGAUGCUUAUGGAAAUAUUAGGGGUCCUAAAUUAGCACUGGGACCCCAAUCAAAUUCAACUGCUCCACAUGACAUUGGAAACAGAAGCAGUAGAGUGAUGCCUAGAAACUGGCAAAAUUCAGAGGAGGAAGAAUACAUGUGGGAGGACACAAGCACAAGGUUAGCAGAUGCUGGCAGGGGAAGUGACAAAUUGAGGAAAGGUGAUUGGUUUCCGGGAGACAUUAACAAGCCACUUGGCUUAGGUAGAGGCAAAAGAAUGGAACCAGAACCUGAUCUUCCAGAUGGUCAUUGGCGCACAGUUGGGCCUUUGUCUCAAAUGGAUCAGCCGAUAAGUGAUGAAGGGCAAAUUCCUCGAAGAGAAUUAGAUGAUCGUCUGGCAUCUCCCCUUUUGCAUCAUGAUGUAGGAACUCGUAGUAGUAGAGAGGCAUCUGCGGAAGGCUCAUUUCUAGGAAGGACAGGUCAGAAUGCAUUAGUUCAUCGAUCACUUCCUGGAUGGACUAAGCAAAAUCUUAGUUCCUCUGCAAAUUCAAGGCCUAGAGUGCUUCCAAUGGAUCUUCAGAGCAGCUUGCCUUCUAUAAAUGCGGUGCAAUCAGAGGGUUAUGUCAUCUCUCCAUUCAGUGGUGGCAUGCUAACAAGUAUCGAACCAUCUUCAGAGACCAGACUGGGUCUUCGAACAAGUAAUGGAAUUGGGACUGGACCUCCAAGCUUUGGACCUCUUCCCUCUGUGACACCACUAUCAACUGGACUGUCUUCUCGACAGCGUCAAUCUCCCAGACCUCCUUCUCCAUCCACACUGCUAUCUGCGCAACAGCUACCUGGAUCACCUACAUCUUUGGCCCGCCAACAGUCUGUUCAACCUGUGCAACACCAGCAGCAGAUUAAUUUAACAAGAGCCGGGCAUUUGCAAGUGAAAACUCAAACCACACAGCCAUCACCGUUUCUUCAGCAAUCUCAUGUGCCAGUGUCCCAAAUGCAGCAAGUACUUCAGCCUCAAAAUACAGCAGAUUCUUCAAACCAGUUGCCACAUGGUUAUGUUCAGUCCGGCUCUUCAUUGCAGCAGCUACAAAUGGCCCAGGAAAUUCAGAUAUCACAGCAAUUCCAGAAUCGGCCUUCUGGAAUACCACCUCAGCAAGGCCAGUCAUUGCAAUUUCUACAGCAGGCUCCAGGAGAGCCACCGUUGCUGCAUGUUCAAUCAGUUUCCUUGCCACAACCAUUGGUUCCAUCCCAUCCACUGCAACAACCAGACUUGAAAAGUACCCCACAGCCACCGCCUCCAAGUUAUGGACCACCUCAAACUCCAGGGUUUGCUGCAAAUGGAUUCCCAACAAAUGCAAGUUCAUCUUUGCAAGGACAAACACAAAAUCUGCUUGAAGUCAUUCUUAAUAGUGGUCUUUUGCCUCCUAGCACAAUCCAGGCUGGUUCUACUCCUAAAACUAAUUCAUCGAGUGGAUACUCUGGGUUUCCAGAAUUUGGAAAAACACAGCCUCCAUUGCAUAUACAGCCACCUCUACCCAGUGGUCCUCCUCCGGUGCAGUUCUCAGCAGCACCUACAGUCUCAUCAUCAUUACCUCCUGUUGUAUCUUUGCCCAUUCCAACACCUGCAUCUUCUCUUCCAGGUCCAUCUGCAGUACCGGUUCCACUUUCUGUAAACAAUUUGCAAUUGCUGCAUUCACAGCCUCCAAGACCGGUGCAACCACCUCUUCCUCCUGGUCCACCACCUGCUUCAUCAUUGGUAGGAUCAAGUUCACAAGCAACCAGUUCAGUUACUCCUCCACGGUCCUCAAUAUUACCAGUUUCAAAUUUACUAAAUUCGCUUAUGGCCAAGGGCAUAAUCUCUGCCCCAACUGAAUCAACCUCCCUUCCAACUUCGUUACCUGCUACAUCUUCAAUGCCAAAUCAACUCAAUAGUUGUAGUACAGUAGUAGUCACAACCAGCAAUUUGCAAGCUUCUGUCAGUGUGCCUGUUGCUGAUGACAGUCCUGUCUUAACUAAAGUAGCAACAACUCCUUUAGAAACUUCUGUUGAAACAUUGUGUAGCACUGACCCAAUUGGAGUUGAGUUCAAGCGUGAAAGAAUUCUUGAGCGACAUGUGUCUGUAAUCAAUGCAUUAUAUGAUGACUUCCCUAGACAGUGUAUGUCAUGUGGGUUGCGAUUUAUGUCUCAUGAAGAGCACUGCAAGCAUAUGGAUUGGCAUGCAUCUAAAAAUCUUGAGCCAAAAAUGAAGAUGUCUCAUGGGUGGUUCUCACGUCUACAUGAUUGGGUCAGUGGAACUGGUCCAUCAGUGACUGAGGUUGCUGCUUCUGUUUUCCCUUUAGAAUCAAACAAAAUGUCAAAAGAUAAUGAAGAACCAGCAGUUCCAUCUGAUGAAAACCAGCUUAUUUGUCCACUUUGUGAAGAGUUGUUUGAAGAAUUCUAUAGUCACGAAACUGAUGAGUGGAUGUGCAAGGGGACCGUUUACUUGAAUGUUCCGCCUGGUGCAAGCAUUGGAAGCAUGGAUCAGUCUUUAUUGGGUCCAAUUGUUCAUGAAAAAUGCAGGUCAGGGACUGCAGCAGUUACAUUAGGAGGUUCUGAAGAAAAUGAUGUGGAUGAUGAGGAUGAUUUAGGAUGUAGAAGAAAAACAGUACAAUAUUAAAUAUAAUGCAGGUGUGUAACGUCAACUUGUAGAAGUAUUGGAAUUGGUCCACGAGGUUCCUUUUAAGAGGUUAAAAAUGUACAUGCUAACGUUUCUUGCUUUUUGUACAUUUAUGGGGAGAAUGCUUCUCCCCACCAAAUUUUCCACAAGAAAGAAAUGGAUCAAGAGAUUUCUGUAUGAGCCUCCUAAUGUGUUUUUGCAUCUUAUGGUGUAUGCUUUUGUAUUUUGUCUCCACAGUACAUUUUGGAAAUUGGUUUAAUAUAUGGUUGAUUGGCUCUGGUGUUAAAUGAGAA